UCCAGUUUUCAGUGAUUUUUCGCUAAAAUAUGAAUAUUUUACUCUAAAAAUGCAUUUUUCACAGCAAUUUCAAUUCUUAAAGCUUUGAUACAGUCAUUUUAAAUAGAUGACAAGACCUGUUAUUUUAGUUGUAAAUCAGUUUGAAUUAAUACAUUUGACCAAAUCAUCCAUAUUUCCACUGACUUUCCAUUUAUCCCCCCUCCCAAGAAAACGUUAUUUGAAGCCAAAUUCCAUUUUCCUUACAUCAGUUUUUGUUGUAUUUUAAAAAAAAUAUCAAUUGUUCAAAUCCAAUCCUAUGAUUUGGGUUUUAGAUAUUUUCAUACCAAUUGAUUUGACAUACUUAUUCAUUUUUUCCACUUCUCCGCGAUUUAUUUAACCAAAAAAAAAAAUGUUUGCCUCCAAAAUUCAAUUUUUCUCAAUUCAUAAUUUGAUAUGUUACUUGUACGAAUAAACACUUUUAGUUUAAGUGGUAACUAUAGCUUUGUUUGAGGUUUGGCUUAAAGUUUGAUAGAUUGACUAGGUUAUUUGCUUUAUCAACGACAGUGCAAUUAGAUCAUAAAAUUCCUUCUAAAAGACUUGUUCACUUUUCAGAAAUGCAUUAGUAUCAUGUAUUGCGGUUUGUACUCACUGGUAAAUAUUCUGAUGAUUGUAUAAAUGCAUAUGGGUUUCAACAUUCCUUUAAAAGUACUGCACAAGUUAAAAUUCAAUAUUUAGACUUAUAAGUGUUAUUAACAUUCCAUAAGUAACUACAAGUAGCAGAUGCGCACAAAUACAACUGAUGAUGAAUCAAUAGUAUUGAAUUACAGGGAGUAAACCUGAAAUAUAUAUAAAACACUUUUUCAGAAAAACCUGUUGCACUUUCCAGCAAUCCAGCAACUAAGGUUUCAUGUUCUUCAGAAUGCGUAUCACAAGUUAUACCGUUUUCUUUUGCAUCACGUAUGUCCUGAUUUUUAAAACUGGUUUCACUGAAAGCAGGUGUUUCUACCCAUGGAUAACAUUCCAAAAGCAUUGCUAUAUGUUUGGGUUUAAUAAGAAAACGUGGUUUGACAGCAAGGUGGAGUGCAACAAGUACAACUCGUAUCUUGCCAGAGUGGAGACACCAGCGGAAGAUAACUGGAUUAUUCAACAGAUCCUCGCUCUUAGUAAAAACACAGCAAGGUAUUUGUGGAUUGGCGGGAACACCCUGAGGAAGGUUGGUGAUUGGAGAUGGGAAUCAACCAAUGAAAAAGUUGGAUAUACAUUCUUUUAUCCAUUGGAGCCCAAUAGUCCAACAACAGAAAGAUGUCUGUGCUAUUUUAGUAAUCGCAAAAAAAUGCUUUAUUGGGGAGAUUAUAUUUGCAAUGGUAAAAUUGGUUUCAUAUGCGAAAGAGAUAACUAAUAUGAAAUUCACAUGUCAUUAGUGUGUAGAGGAAAUGUAACUCAUAAAUAAAAUAAUGGAACAUACAA